AUGCACCAUCUGGUUGUACCCAAGAAAUCAUCUGCCCAUCGGGUUGCAUGCUUAGCACUCUACAGGGCACUCCUUCUACGAUGUAGGGACCUACAGCGACGUCGGCCAGAACUCGUUUCUCCACAGGCGCACGUUCGAGAACGAUUUCGCAAAUAUAAAAACCUCCAAAGCCCCUCUCAGACGGCAAACGCGCUUAAGGCUGGAUACGAAGCACUUGACCUUAUCGACUCGGCUGCACUAGGAAAUGAAGAUGACACCGGUCUUGUGUGGCGAAUACUUGCCAAAGCCCAAUCAACUAAGGAACAGAAGAGAGAACUUCAGAACGUGUUAUCUCACAUUCGUCCCGUCAAGCAGCCGAACAAAAAGCAAAUAAGGGCGGAGGAAAACCGGCGAUUCCAGGAGGCGACAGCUCAACGGCAUCCAGAUGCAACUUCUAUACUAGAGCGCCCUCGACCUAUUGUGAGCGGCAAGCGUCGUGUGCCAGUCCUAGUUAAUGCCAGCGGUAUUCCAUUCCUGCGCAUUAAGAAACCGCAGCCACAAUCCCUCAGCCGCAUGAUACGGAGAAAACUCGCAGAACGACAGAAAUUGGUAGAGCGUCGCGAAAGGCUGGAGCCAGAAAUACUCUUCGGCGAAGAUGAAGAUCAAUGGGACGAGUUGACUAACGGGAGGGGGGAAGGCGAAGAAAGGUGGUCUAGCGCACCUCGCGCCGCUUUUGACGAAGUCUAUCGUCGCAUAGGCGAGGACAACCGACGGAAGCAAGCGCUUGCGCGCUCCAUGUGGGAAAUUGUCCUUGCAGAGCGCAAGUUAGCCGAAGAGGAGCAGAAAUCUGAAGAGGAGAAACAUGCUAAAGAGGGGAACCAUGACGAUGAGAAGAAAAAAAAGAGAAUGGUGCUGAGCAGGAAAAAUAUUCUGAAGAAACUAAACAUAUCGGCGGAGACCUGA